CUGGCAGCCCCACGCUUGUCUUUGACAGAGAGCCUUGGGAGCUGUCGCGCGCUGUAAGUCCCCAGCCAUUCAAACUAAGUAGCCAGCCGGUGAUCUAAUUUAACCUCAACACGAGCCCUUAGCUCAGGGACGGCUAGCUCCAGCGAGGCCCGAGCGGUGACCGGCGUUUGCCAGCGGACGAAAAGGACGGAAGGCAAAGAUGUCUAAAGACUCCGAAGGGAAGAGCGAGAAAAUUAUGGACGUGGAGAGCAAGGUGUUGUGGUACCCGGACUCCAAGAGGAACACGCAGAUGGACAAGUUCAGGAUACAGGUCAACGGGGACUACGGAGCUAAUCUCGUCAACUACAAUGAGCUGUACCAGUGGUCGGUGGACAGUUAUUCAGAUUUCUGGGCAGAAGUGUGGCGCUUUUGCGGCGUCGUCAGCUCCAAGCCAUAUGAAGAGGUGGUGGAUUUAUCCAAACGGAUCUCGGAUGUUCCAGAGUGGUUUAAAGGAGCUCGGCUCAACUACGCUGAGAACUUGCUCAAACAUGCAGACCAGGAUAAAGUAGCUCUCUAUGCUGCAACGGAGGCAAAUGACGAGAUCGCGAAGGUGACGUUUGGGGAGCUGAGGCGUGACGUGGCAUUGUUUGCUGCAGCCAUGAGGAAGAUGGGCCUCCAGACUGGAGACAGGGUCGUAGGCUACCUGCCCAACGGCAUCCAUGCUGUGGAGGCCAUGUUGGCAGCAGCCAGCAUUGGAGCCAUUUGGAGCUCCACGUCGGUCGACUUUGGAGUCAACGGUGUCCUUGAUAGAUUUUCUCAAAUCCAGCCCAAGCUGAUCUUCUCUGUUGCUGCGGUGGUUUACAACGGCAAAACACAUGACCACAUGGAAAAGCUGAUCAGUGUUGUCAAAGGUCUGCCUGACCUGAAGAGAGUAGUGGUGAUUCCCUACGCUCGCUCCAAACAAGAGACCGACCUCUCCAAGAUACCCAACAGUCUAUUUAUAGAUGAUUUCUUGGCAUCUGGUCGUGGUGAAGCUGACCAGUUACCUCAGCUGGAGUUUGAGCAGCUUCCAUUCAACCAUCCCCUGUUCAUCAUGUACUCUUCUGGCACCACGGGAGCUCCGAAAUGCAUGGUCCACUCUGCUGGGGGCACGCUCAUCCAACACUUGAAAGAACACAUUCUCCAUGGCAAUAUGACCAGCAGUGAUAUCAUCAUUUACUACACCACGACCGGCUGGAUGAUGUGGAACUGGCUGGUGUCUGCUCUGGCAGUGGGAGCCUCUGUAGUUUUGUAUGACGGUUCUCCACUAAUGCCCACGCCCAAUGUACUAUGGAACCUCACAGACCAGCUGGGCAUCACUAUCUUAGGCACCGGGGCCAAGUGGCUGUCUGUGCUGCAGGAGAGGAACCUGAAACCCGUGGAAACGCACAACCUCCAGUCUCUCCACACCAUCCUUUCUACUGGAUCUCCUCUCAAACCUCAGAGCUACGACUACGUCUACCGCUGCAUCAAGAGCAACGUGCUGCUGGGCUCCAUCUCAGGCGGCACUGACAUAGUGUCCUGUUUCAUGGGUCAGAACCCAACGGUGCCAGUGUAUCGGGGUGAGAUCCAAACAAGAAACCUCGGCAUUGCUGUGGAAGCCUGGAGCCUCGAUGGUAAGCCCGUAUGGGGAGAGAGCGGGGAGCUUGUCUGCUUGAAACCGAUCCCCUGCCAGCCAACACACUUCUGGAAUGACGAAAACAGGAGCAAAUACGACAAAGCGUACUUUUCCACAUAUCCCGGGGUGUGGGCUCACGGAGAUUACUGCAAAAUCAACCCAAAGACGGGAGGCGUCGUCAUGCUGGGCAGAAGUGACGGCACAUUGAACCCCAACGGAGUCCGAUUUGGCAGCUCAGAGAUCUACAACAUCGUGGAGGCGUUCGAGGAAGUGACGGACAGUCUUUGCGUUCCUCAGUACAAUGCCGAGGGAGAAGAGCGAGUUAUUUUGUUCCUCAAGAUGGCGCCUGGUCGGCCCUUCUGUCCGGAGUUGGUGGCGAAGAUAAAAGGAGCCAUUAGGAAAGCUCUGUCCGCCAAACACAUCCCGUCUCUGCUGCUGGAGACCAGUGACAUUCCGUACACCAUCAGCGGUAAGAAGGUGGAGGUGGCUGUGAAACAGGUGCUUGCUGGACGGGCGGUGGCACAAAGAGGAGCGUUCUCCAACCCCGACUCACUGGACCUCUACAAGAACAUUCCUGAGCUGCAAAACUAUUAAAGACGGGGCUUCGCCGAGCUGGAGAGAGGAUCUGCAAAAGAGAACCACCUGACGAGAUGCUUUUAACUAACUUAAUUCAAAUUAAGGAACAAGGACAUAUGCACUGGGAUUUUACAGAGGCACCUUGAGCUUUGUAGAAGGAUUAAAAAGGGUACGUACAAAUAAUAAUGUCAAAAUGAGAGCCGUACUGCUCCAUUGGCUAGCGUUCAAUCGAGUGAUGAAGCAGCUGCUCUUAGUUUACCAUGUUCUUGUAACUUGUGGGAUGCUGUAUUCAGCUUUUGGAUGCUGUGCACAUCAAUAUGAUAUGAUGUGCACAGCACCACGUGUGUGUGUAUAAGCUCCGACUCUGAAGCCACCAAUAAUGGCGAAUUGUAAUUUGUCGUCACUUUGCUGUGGCUUGACGUUGUGAUUGCUACCAGCCAGUGAAGAACCACGUCUCUGUGUCCCCUGCUUUGACCCCAGUGUUGGUUCUGAGUGGGUCCCAGCCUCAACAUCCUCAAGUGUGCAGAUAAACACACAGACGCUUCAGCUUCAGCUCAUAUCACCAUAUCAUUGCUAUGUGGUGGGUAUUGCUUUAUCAAAUGUAUGUGUAUAUAUAUACAUAUAUAUUUUGGACUGUGAAAUGAUGAUAACGUUAUAAUUAUGCCUCUGAAGAUAGUGACCCUAACCUGUUGAGUGAGUCUCAGAUUUUAGAGGAUGUAGUUUGAAUCGAUAAACUAGAGGUUUCCAUAUAAAACUCAACUUUCUGAACCUUUUCCCAACCUCAACAAGUUAUUGAUUUUUGGAGUUUUACAUGUUCAAAUCCUAUCAAUGAUUUGACUUUGUAACAACUGACCCUGUUUCAUUCCGCCCAAGACAUUAAGGCAUGUUUUAAUGAAGCUCUACAGACGAAGGUUUUGAAGUCCCAUUGGCCCUCAUUUAUCAAGGUCAAGUCAGCCAAGGUCAAGUGUGAUCUGAAAGUGAGCAACGGUUUAUUUCACAACAAAAGCCUAUAUUUAUCUGUUCCGUAUAUCUAUGUUUGUCAUAACUAACAAAAAUGUGUUUUCCUCAUAACUACAGUGCAGCUGAGAAAGCUGAAUUAUUUAUACAAAAAGUCCUCAGGCUGUGUGUCGAAGCCGAAAGGUGAAUUCACGCUAUUAAAGAUGAACUGCAAUGGCUUUGGUCACUAGUUUCUUUUCCUGUUGGGGGCAUUUGAUCUUUGGAGGAACAUUAAGCUGGAGGAAGCAUUUCAUACUGAUCCAGGGGUAACAUUUUUCUUUUUUUUUAUUAUUUGACUUUGAAUUCAGUCUUGUUACCGGAUUUUGUGAAACGUAUUAAAAGGUACGAAUGUAAAUAAAUCGACUGGGAAAGUCUGCAGUUCAUCUUUAAUGUCAUAUUCACAGAUUUAAUUAAUGUCCUAUUCAAAGGUACCCUGUGGUCUUUUUGACCAAUCGCAGCUCUGUGAUGCCACAUUUUGAUGAGUGCAUGAGUAUGCAGGUGACGGUAUACAUAUUCCUUCCAAUCAUUCGAAUUGAUUUUUUUUUUUAAUUGAUUUUAUAGCCCUCAAGGAUGCAUAUAAAAUUGCUUUUGAGUGAGAAGACUAAUUUUUUUAAAGUCCCAACGAGACAUAGGCUUUUUCUUAUAGAGACGGAUCAUACUGUUCACUUAGCACUUUAGUACUGUCUACUGUGUCUGUGGUCAUCAUGAAAUCUGGAUAAAAUGGCAGAUCUUCUUCUAAGAGUUGGCAAAAAUAAUGCUGGGUGUGUCACAUGUAAAUAACUUCAUUGUAUUUUGGUUCUUUCAUGUCUGCCUUUAGGGAAUCUACAGUGUAAGUUGUACCUAUUUUGGUGUUGCGAUAAAGUUUAUUGAAUCGGA